UUCAAAAUGGUGUGGAGGCAUCCGGAUGCUGUUCUCAACGAUCCGGAGCCUUCCGAGUCUGAAUUAAAUGAUGCCUUUCUUUCAGCCAUUCGGGGGUGCCCUUCCAGGGUUCGUCCUUUUCCCGAACAUUUGUUAGUGCUUUUAGGGGUUAGUAAUAUUUGGGCAAAAGUUGAUCGGGAUCCGGUGUUGAUGAGAAAUGGCCUUGUUAUGUCUGCUUUGGACUUCAUCAAGAGUGACGAUACGUCCGAUGUGGUUUUUGAAGAUGCUCCGACUGUGCCGGGUGAAAAUGUUGUUGUGAGGACCUCUGAGCAGAGGUUUGAGGGUUCAGGUUAUGUCAGUGUUGCAAAUGUGAAGGGUUUUACCAAGUCCAAUGUUCCCAAGCCUUCAACUCGCCGGUUAUCUCGUCGUUUACUGAAGGCUACUCCUCAAUCCACUUCCACUGAGCCAGUGGAUUUGAGUGAUGACAUCGAGGUUUCUGAGGAUCAGGCUGAGGCAGAGGUUGAGAAGGAGAAGGAAUUAGUUGUGCGUGGUAAGAAGGUUCGAGGGAAGAAGAGUGUUGCUACCCCUGUUCAAGAAUCGUCGAGCAGAGAUGUUGAAGGGUUGAACCCUGAGGGCACUUAUGUGCCUUCUUGGUUGGUUAAGAAUGAUGACACUUUUAAGGAUGCUGCUGAGGCAGCUUGGAAGAAGGAGAUUGAGGAUUUGAAGAAGAUGCAUGCCAUUGAGAUGGGUGACUUGAAGAAGAGCUUUGAAGCUAAUUUGCUGAAGUUGAAGGCUGAUCGAGAGGCCUUAUCUGUCCAGCAGAAGGCUUUUCGUGAAGAAAAGGAGGGGUUGAAGGCUUCCGUUGGUCAGGGAUUGAAGCCUGAAGGGUUGAAUGAGAAGGUUUGUGCUGAGGUUUUGGGCUCUUUGUCGAGGAAGAGGUCUUACUCCGGGGACAGUGAUGAUACCCUUUCCAGUCUGCCUGAAACCUCGAAAGAUGCUGGUUUGGAAACCUCUGCGGUUGGUGGUGAAGAAGGUGUGAAGGGGAAGAAGACAAAGAAAGCUAAAAAGUCUAAGGGUGAAGGUUUUGGGGACCCUUAA